AAAUCAUCCGAAGGAAAAGAUGGCUGCGCCCGCAGAGUUCAUAUGGUGCUUUGUGAUAAUUUUUGCAGCAUUUUGUAGUACCUCAAGCUCGAACAGGACGCUCAAACUCACACAUGUGCUUUUUAGGCAUGGGAACCGCUCACCGAUCAAGGCAUACCCCUCGGACCCUUACCAGGAAGACACCUGGCCUCAGGGAUUUGGACAACUCACCCAGGAAGGAAUGCGGCAGCACUACGAGCUGGGCAAGUGGCUGAGGCAACGGUAUGUGACCGACAGCAGACUGCUGAACUCAUCCUACGUGAGGACCGAGAUCCACGUCCACAGCACGGCCUAUGAUCGGACCCUGAUGUCGGCCCAGAGCAACCUGGCCGGACUGUACCCACCGCAAGGCAGACAGAUGUGGAAUGAACAGUUGUCAUGGCAACCCAUCCCUGUGUUUACAAAGCCAACGUCUGAGAAUCACUUACUAGUCGCGGAUAAUCAUUUGGAUUGUCCAAGAUUGGAGGAACUUGGGAAAGAAAACGAGAAACUACAUGUACAUGAAGACUACAUCAGUAAAAACAAGGAUUUCUUCGACACUCUUGCCAAACAUGCAGGUUAUGAUGUCAGCAAUGUCACAUAUCAAAAUUUUACAAGAAUAGCAGAUUCAUGGUAUUUUGAGAUUAGAGACGGUCGAUCAUUACCGACGUGGGCAACUCAAGACAUCAUUGACAGAGUACUACCCAUGCUGGACUUUUCAUACGCCUCCGAGGUUCAAAACGAAGAGUACUUCAGACUUCGCUCAGGUACCUUAUUGAAUGAAGUUGUCACCCACUUCAAGGCGGUAACUGAAGGGACAGAGACCACAAAAUUGUACAUGUAUAGCGGUCAUGAUGAUAACGUGGCCUGGUUACUACGAUCACUAAAUGUCUUCAACAACCUCGGUCCACCUCCAGCUAGCUGCGUUAUGAUAGAAUUAUAUCUGGAAGACGAUAAGUCGUACACCGUAGAUGUUUUAUUCAAAAACAACACCAAGGCGGAGCCCAUUAAACUUCCAAUGCCAGGGACCAAGGGCCCGUGCACACUGGAUCAUUUCUUCGAGAUUACAAAGGACUGUGUGGUCACUGAUGCUGUGACAGCUUGCAAAGCACAGGGGACCUCGGGCCAUAACUCAGGCUUCCUACCCAAAACGUGGAACACAGGUUGGAUUUUGGCAGCUGGGGCUAUGCUACUUGCCGUUGUUAUCGCCGUUGGCAUGAUCGUCUUACUUUUCAUCGGUACCCGACGGAGGAAGCAACUGAGGAAGGCGCGCCAAAUGCAGCCAAUCAGCUUCCGUCUUCUAGGUCACACGGCCACGGACUCGGAAGACGAGUCCGUUUUUGAUACAUGACCAGACAGAAACUAAAAAUAGGUGAACUCUAGUUGUCACUGAUACUUAGAAAGUGCAUAAGAUCAUUUGCUUUUUGAUCAUUUGUUUUUUGUUGUUGGCAUUUUUAGCUGCGGGAUAGCAGCUCAACAAGUCAUCAUAUCUCUCCGUUAGUAGUUAGUAAGUUAGUUAGUUAGUAAGUAACAAACGUUGAUAUUGUCUAUUGCACCUACAUAUUUUGACCGAUUUCAACGAAACUUUGUCAAAAGUAUCAGUAGCCCAGCCCCAAUAUGUCACAUGACCAAACUGGGGUCAAGGGUCAUCAUGGGGUCACUGGGGUCAUUGUAGUAGCAUUCUUAAUUGUGAGGCGCUCUGGCAAAAUAAGACAGAACUUGGCAGAGGUCGAAUUGUGGGUUUACUUUAGGGGUAUUAGGGUAGAGAAUAUUAUUCUCCUUUCGAGACUGUUUGUUGCUUUUCAUGAAAACCUGACCUUCAAAAAAUGUCAAGGUUUAUAGAUCUUUGGACUGAACUUUAAAGACAUCUGCAGAAUGGAGGUGAUGAACAUUUUACAGGUACAAAAAAUUAGAAGGUAAGUUGUUCUCUAAAUUUUCAUGAUGAUAUUCCAUUUUUUGUUGUGGGUGUAAUUAUUAUAUCAAACUCACUUUAAAACGUCACUUGUAAACAUUGCUAUUUGACUGCAUAGAUAAAAUAAUAGAAUUGUAAGCAUCGAUGCAAUGUCCAAGACAACAAGCAUCUGAAAAUAAUUUAUUGAAAAUGUGCAAUAUUAUCCAUUUCAGACCCUUAACAUAUGUGAUAGAUUGAGCCAAAAAAGAUGUGAGUUCAACCAAACAAAGAAAAAAGAAAAAAAGAAGUCAAAUGAUGUUCACACAUUAAUGCUGUGACUUUGUUCAAAUCAUUCCCGUCAGCAACGUAACAAGUGGGAACAUUACUGAAACGUGUAUAUGUGAAAUACUGUAGAAAUAAACUUUAUAUUCUAUUUUAUGCUUGGAAAAAGCUACGGUACUAAUAUAAAUCUUACCCGGCAUGUGUAGACUUUUACUUAGCAGUGAUGAGGUUCAUAUGGUAUAUAUGCAGUAUCCCGGCAGCACACAUAUUAGACGAUGCAAAAAUAUAUGGAGUUUAGCAUCAUUAAUUAGCAUUCAUAAAUACCCAGGACAAUUUACCCAUUCCCGUUGGUCGAGAGCCGGUCAUGUGGGUGGUUUAAACCGCCAGUAAAACAUCGCUCAGUAUGCCAAUCUCCAUAUAAGGAGAUUUUUAGCACAACGCGUGCGAGGCACAUGCCAGAACCAUGGCCAGAGGGUUGUUUCACAAAGCAUGAAGUAAAAUUGUUGAACAAAAUUGUUGAAAUUUUGUCAAGUUUUUGAAGUGCUUUGACUUUUAUAUUGAAAAGGUAUUUAUGAAUGGGAAUAAAUAUGUGCUUGGCCCAAUGCUUGGGCCAGUAUCGGUGACCAGGCUCCUAGUCCAGUUUGAAAAACACAUAUUUAUUCCCUUAUUAUUUGUUUGUUUGUAUGAUGAUUAGUGGAAUGUGCUUUAAUACCCACCAUAGCCUUACUCGGAAUGCACCGUAUAUGUGCUAGUAUACUGUGUCCAGUUCGCGAUGUUUCUAUUGGAAAGAUUUUUCCUUCUUGAAAAUCUAAUGAACUAUACUCUCCAAAUAUGUAUCGAUAUUUGCGAUUAUUUUUUAAAAAGCUGCGAAAAAGAGGGCGCUUUGAGGGAUCGGUUUUCUUUUUGAACACCCUGUAUAAUGAGUCUUCUUCCUUUUGCACUAGGAAUCCAUGAUAGCACAGCGCACAGGGAGAGCUUAAUUAAGAGGGUGCAUUUGAUAUUUUCUUUUUAUUAAUGGGCUUUACCGAGGCUGUUGCUUACUAUAGGAAAUAGGUAUUACUUGUAUUUAUUGUUAAGUCUACCUCUUUUGAUCGAUCAAAAUAUUCUUGACGAGCAUUUUAUGUGUUAUGUAACUUCAUUUGCGAGUCAGUUGAAAUCAAAAGCAGAAUAGACUUUUUUGGGGUUCAGAUAGUUUUGUGUUUGUGCUAAAUUGUGCAUUUGGUUUAAUUAUUCAUAAUUAAGACUGGUGGUUAACAAGUGAAAUACGGGCAGAGUUUGUGAAUUGUUCACAUCCACUGUGAUGUUAACGUGAAAGUUUACACUUUUUUCUAUUAAGUGUUACAGCAAAUGCUCUCAUCAAUAGUACUAAAGAGUGCCACUGCAUUUUCAGAUACCAGGGAAAUAAUUAUUCAUAUUAAUUUUUGCGGAAUCACGCACAUGUAUUCAAUUAUCUUAAAUAUCUGGCGAGUUCAUUGCUGGCCAUAUGUUGUGUCCUUGGGCAAGCCACUUCAUCCCUACUUGCCUCUCUCCACCCAGGAGUAUAAAUGGGUACCGGCAUUAGCUGGGGAGUAACCAGCGAUGGACUAGCAUCUCGUCAAGGGGUAAUUGAAAUACUCUCAGUCGUUUUACGCCACUGAAACCGGAGAUAAACGCCAGCUUGAUGGGCCAUAUUGGCUUGUGACAGACUUUACUACUUUCAUUGAAUAUGAAAUUAUUUCUGAAGAAACUCUGGCCAGGCAUGUAUGCCAGGUGCCUUAGUUCUGGAGUUUUUUUCACCUUAGACUGCCAGCAAUUUUCACGACAUGUUUUCCUACUCCCAUUCGUUUCCUGCUGCUAUUUUGGACCAAAAAACAGGUGACUACAACUGAUAAUGUAGUAAUCAAUGAAUAAUGUAUCACCAACCGAUAAUGUCGCAAAAAUUGACCAAUACUGUAUCACGAACCGAUAGUGUAACACAAAAUUGGCCGAUAGUGUAGUAACAUGUACUUCACUGUCAGUCUAUGGUUGUUACAUUAUCGGUCCUAACUGAUAAUGUGACAAAAAUUGACUGAUCGUGUAGUACCAUUACUACAGUAUUAGUAAUUUUUUGUUGCAUUAUCGGUAAGUGAUACAGUAUCAGCCAAUUUGUGUGAAAUUAUUUGUUAGUCAUUAUUAUCCGUUGGUUGAUACAUUAUCAAAUGUAACAAGGUGUCCUUUUACCACAUUGGUCGAAAAAAAUAACCUUUUUUUGCCCCAGGAAUUCUUUUUAGCUGAAAGUAUCCGAGAGUAGUAAACAGGCAGGGCUGAUUCAGGAAAAAUAUCAAAAUCUUACGCAAAAGCUUUGUGUUGUAUAUUAGUAGUACUAUAAAGUAAUAUUUAUGCCACUUGUAAUGACAACUUGCAACAAGACUCGCUGUUCUUCAGCUAGAAAACAAUACAGUAAUGGCUACCUCUUGUUGCUAGAGUUUAUAUGCCAAUUUUUCCUUUCGGGCCUAUUUUUCAUUCUUUUGUACAUAUUAUUUUUUUUUGUCUGUUGGCUGCAACGAAAUAAAUAAAUCUCAAUUUACAUUGCAACUUGUGUUGUAUUUGUAACUCUGAA